GCUCCCGGGAGGGACGAAUAGAUCUUAGGAGUGAUCCCUCCCGGCCCCGCACCGCCGUCGCCACCACCACCGCGGGGCGGGGCCCAGGCCGGGGGCGGGGCGCCGGACGAGCGCGGCGCUAUUUCCAGCCUCGCCGGAGGCUUCGCUCGCACUUCGCUGGGAGCCUUCCCCGCGCGCUGGCGGGAUCCGGCCGCGGAGCAGGGAGGAGAGAGGAGAAGGCGGCAGUGGGAAGCGGGGGACGGACCGGGACCGGGGCCGGGGGCCGAGAAGGAACACGCCACCGCGCCCUCUCCGUCUCCUGCGCGCUCCAGCCGCCGGCCCCACGCCGCUCGCCUCACCCACCGCACGGGGUUCUUCUCGGAGCAGCAGGAGGGUCGGGGCCCGAGCUGGGGCGGAGAUCCUCUCUGUCGCCCGGGCGCCCCGGAGCAGAGGACUCGCCGUGGAGGACCGCGCCCGAGCUGGAGGCGCCCGCGGCCCCGCGAGCGCCGGCUGCGCCAGACCGUGGCCUGAUGGACGCCUGGUGUGGACGAUGAGGGAAGAACAUGCCUCCCACACCCAAGAGGUGACGCCGGAGCGAGCCCCGGAUGACCCUGCGAGCCGGAACAAUGCGGCUGGCCUGCAUGUUCUCAUCCAUCCUGCUGUUCGGAGCUGCAGGCCUCCUCCUCUUCAUCAGCCUGCAGGACCCCACGGAGCUCGCCCCCCGGCAGGGGCCAGGAAUAAAGUUCAACAUCAGGCCACAGCAGCCCCACAAUGACCUCCCGCCAGGCAGUUCCCAGGAUGGUGACUUGAAGGCACCCACGGAGAGCAUCAGCCGAGACUUGCCCAGCCAGGGCCCGAGGGGCCUCAACCUGCUGCCGCCUGCCCGUCUUCAAGCCCACCUAAACAUGAGGGCCCAUCUGCGACCCCGGCAGCGCCGCCGGCGGCUGCUUAUCAAGAAAAUGCCAGCUGCGGCGGCCAUCCCGGCCAACAGCUCGGCCGGUACCUUUGUCCGGCCGGCACUCCGGGCCCUGGACGGCCACUGGGUCAGCCUGCAUCAGAGCCAGGAGGAGCGCAAGCGGGUGAUGCGGGAGGCGUGUGCCAAGUACCGGGCGAGCAGCAGCCGCAGGGCCGUCACGCCGCGCCACGUGUCCCGCAUCUUCGUGGAGGACCGCCACCGCGUGCUGUACUGCGAGGUGCCCAAGGCCGGCUGCUCCAACUGGAAGCGGGUGCUCAUGGUGCUGGCCGGGCUGGCCUCGUCCACCGCCGACAUCCAGCACAACACCGUCCACUACGGCGGCGCCCUGAAGCGGCUGGACGCUUUCGACCGCCAGGGCAUCCUUCACCGCCUCAGCACCUACACCAAGAUGCUCUUCGUCCGCGAGCCCUUCGAGAGGCUGGUCUCCGCCUUCCGCGACAAGUUCGAGCACCCCAAUAGCUACUAUCACCCCGUCUUCGGCAAGGCCAUCCUGGCCCGGUACCGCGCCAACGCCUCUCGGGAGGCCCUGCGGACGGGCGCGGGCGUGCGGUUCCCCGAGUUCGUCCAGUACCUGCUGGACGUGCACCGGCCCGUGGGCAUGGACAUCCACUGGGACCACGUCAGCCGGCUCUGCAGCCCCUGCCUCAUCGACUAUGACUUUGUGGGCAAGUUCGAGAGCAUGGAGGACGACGCCAACUUCUUCCUGAGCCUCAUCCGCGCGCCGCGGAACCUGACCUUCCCGCGGUUCAAGGACCGGCACGCGCAGGAGGCGCGCACGACGGCGCGGAUCGCCCGCCGGUACUUCGCGCAGCUCUCGGCCCUGCAGCGGCAGCGCGCCUACGACUUCUACUACAUGGACUACCUGAUGUUCAACUACUCCAAGCCCUUCGCGGACCUGUACUGAGGGGCGGGGCCUGCUGGGGCGGGGCCACUCACCUGUCGGCUGGGCAUCCCGCUCUCCAUGAUUUCUCAGCCCGGAGCUGAGACCUACCAGGAGCAACAGGGCUCUGAGGGCGCGAGGAGCGGCAGCUGCUGGCUGCUGCAGGCCCUUGGUGGGGGACAGAGACCCAGGCCUCGGAUGGGGACUCUGGCCUUUGUCCCAUACCCAUGUCCUCACUUCUCCGCUGAGGAAGAUGCUUGGGGGUGAGCUGGGCCCCAGGAGUCCCAGCUGCCCACAUCCACCUCAGCCAAGAGUCACGAUGCCCAGCGGAGUCUGAGGCCCGAAGGACGAGGGCCCCAGCGGUGAGGGGUUUCUUGGAGUCCCUUAGCCAUUGCCUUGUACCAAACCACAUGGUUUGCAGCUUUUCUAUGAGCCAGGGGGGAGGUUCCCUUGGAAUGAGGUUCCAAAUAAAGCACAUGGUUU